CAAAUAUCGCGAGAGCCGCCGGGCAGAGCGAGAGGAACGGGUCCAGGCAAGGCAUAGCAAUAUUCAUAUUUAGCAACAACAACAACAAGCUUAAGGAGGAUGUUUGUUCCGUUAUGUGGACUGGAGGGCUGACUAUAGGUGUGCCAGCUUCACCUGGAGCCGCGGAGCAGCACGGCGGACUGUGAUUUACAGGAUGUGGCUUCGUUCCUCUGGAUGUCCGACAGACGCUGAAGAAGAGGCAGACCUUGUGAAUCAUCAAACCUUCAGUUUACUGUCUGACUGAAACUGGAUUUUCUCGCUGAAACGAUUAAAUUUCCUAAAAUAAUGUAGCAAACAGCUCGGCCUUGGAGACGUCUGACCUCUGUUCAACCCUCGCAUGGGUUCGGUGCAUCGUGUUUUAACUGUUGUCGACGGGGCUUCGCUUCACACCCACCUGUCAAUGAUCAGCCCGAUGGUCCGUGUUUGCCGCCAUCAUUUAAUCCAGCUGUGUUUGAUUUGACGGAUCUGUAGGAGGAUGAACGGCUCUCUGUUGACUCCGCCCAGCCCGAGGGCGGCGAACUCCUCCCCUUUACCCCCGUCUCCCUCCCCCUCUCCGUCCCCUCCCUCCCCCUCUCUGCUGCCUCUGUCGCCCCGGCCUCCCCCCCUCCCUCCCCUGGUGAGCCCCCCACCCCAGGCUCACCCGUCCUCUCUGUCCGACACCCCGACGCCGUCCCCCUCGCCCUGCCUCAGCUGGACCGAAUUCUGUGAGCUUCACGCCCGAGUUGCGGCCGGAGACUUUGCUCGCCACUUUCGGGCUUUCCUCCUGGAGAACCCGCACUACUCCACGGACUCAGCCGCCGCCUUCUGCCGGCGCUUCACCGACCGCUUCGUGCGUCACUUCCAGAGUGAGCUGGAGGGGGCGCUACCGCCGAGCUGCGCUUCUGGGAGGGACGAGAUGGUGAGCUGGACUCCCCAGUCUGAUGCUACUUCACUGGAAGAGGAAGCGGUGUCGCCUCUGUCAGCGACUGGGGCGGCGGUCCUCCCGCCGACGAACGCCAUGCGGGCUUCGUCCAAACCAGCACCGACACGGUUGGUGCUGGAGAACCGCAGCGGGGACAGGUUCCAGGACUCGUACGCCCACGGCCAGGUGCUGCCUCCGUCUUCAUCGUCGUCGUGCUGCUCCUCGGUGGGAGGAAACAACGGACGGCGUGAGGAGAGGGCCGCCAUGAUGGCUCCCGGCAAUGGGGAGGCGCCGGUCGAGGAGGAGGAGGACAGCUGGCUUGGCGUGGCGUCGGUUGGGGAGGACGUCGAGCCAGAAGACCGGGAGGCGGAGUCCUCGGAGGUGGACAACGCCGACCCCUCCCACACUCCUCAGAUCACGCCCUCCUCCAUCACUCCUCCGCCCGGAUCCAAAGGUAACGGUACGCCCAAUUCGUCCAAAAACAAACUGAAGAAGCGCUUCUCGCUGCGCAGCGUCGGUCGCAGUGUUCGCGGCAGCGUCCGGGGAAUCCUGCACUGGAGAAGCUCUUCCAGUGACUCGGCCCAGAGCCAGCUGCCCUCCAGCUACAGCUACACCAUGGGGGUGCAGGACACUAUGGGUUCUUCCUCCAAGAGGAACUCUGGUACGCAGCCUCCGACGCCCACCUCCUCCAUGCCGGUGUCCCUGUCCAUGCCCCUCUCCCUGCCCCACUCCUCCUCCUCCUCGCUGCCACCUUCGUCCUCCAGCAGCGCCACAUCCCUGUCGCUGUCAGAGGCGGCUCGGGACCGCCGGCGGAGCAACGGUGAAGGAGGCGAGAAGGAGAAGUGGAGCCAUCGUCUGGAGAAGCUCCGACUGUCCCGAUCCCCUCCGCCCGUCCUCACCCCGACCGCCACCGGCGCCGCCUCCACGCUGCCCCCGAGCAGCGCCGCCGCCAUGGGUCCUCCCAGGAAGGUGGGCCGGCUGGUUCGGGAGGGUGGAGUCAGCGUCAGCUCAUCCAGCGACGAGCUGAGCGGCAGCCACGGCUUCUCCGGCUUCUCCUUCGGGCUGCUGCAUCACGGCACCGACAACAACAAUGCCGCCUCGGCUUCUGCAGCUCAGGCAGGUCCGGUGCAGCCGCUGGCCAGCGGAGGAAACGUUCCCUGGAGGGGAGGACGCUGGCAUAAAUGUCGGCUGGUCCUCCGAGAGCGAGACCGAGAGGGCGGUGAGCGUGGAGAGGAGUACUAUCUGGAGUUUUUCAUUCCACCAAAAUCCUCGAAGCCUCGGCUGACCGUCCCCUGCUGCUCCAUCGUGGACGUGAGGAGCACCACGGCUCUGGAGGUCCCCGACAAGGAGAACACCUUCCUGCUGCAGCUGGACGGACCGACUCAGUACGUGAUCGAGACCAGAGACGCUGUUCAGAUGAGAGCUUGGCUGAGCGACAUCAGGAACGGCAUCUGCCUCAGUGAGCAGGAGGAUGCCGAAGGUGUCUGUGGUCCGUUAGACGUCAGCGGGACACCUGAGAUUGGAGAUCGACUCUCACAAGUCUGUUACGGAGGCAUCGGAGGCUCCUCUCCCCUCAUGGAUCCUCUCCCACCAGAGCUUCCGCCUCGAGCUCCUCUCGACGAACCAGAUGGCAGGAUUCUUGGCGGAGGCGGAGCCAGUCUGGGAACGCCGUUCGCUGAGACACCGGAUGCUACAGGUUCCUUCCUGUUCUCGGAGGUGACGGCGGCGGAGACGGUGGAACAUCCUCUCAGUGAGUGUCAGUGGUUUCACGGCACUCUGUCGCGCCUCAAAGCCGCUCAGCUGGUUCUGGCUGGAGGCCCGGCGAGCCACGGAGUCUUUCUGGUUCGUCAGAGCGAAACCCGCCGCGGAGAAUACGUCCUCACCUUCAACUUCCAGGGCAAGGCCAAGCACCUCCGUUUGUCCCUGAACGAGGACGGUCAGUGUCGAGUUCAGCACCUCUGGUUUCAGUCCAUCUUCGACAUGCUGGAACACUUUCGGGUGCAUCCGAUCCCGCUGGAGUCCGGCGGCGCCUCGGACGUCACGCUCAUCAGCUUUGUGGGCGCCACCGCUGUUCGCCAGCCAGACUUGACCAGCAGACCCCGUAGCCCUCCCCAGCCUCCUCCGCUGCCGCCGGGCCGACCACCGCCACCGACUCCCCCCCAGGAGAGGGGUGUUGAGACCGAGCCUGGAGCUGGUGGAGGAGGAGGAGGAGGAGGAGGAGGAGGAGCUGGAGCUGCCGCCGUGGCAACGAUGGCAGCCGCUGGAGGAGCAGCAGGAGGCAGCGGAGGCAGUGGAGGAGGCGUGGAGGACUGGGAGGAGAGGGACACUCCUCUACGCCAACUGGAAGCUGUGGAGGGGGAAGAGAGGGAUGGAGCAAGGGCCCCCCGAGCCAUCGAUAACCAGUACUCCUUCUUCUGAUGAAGGUCGGAGGAGGAGGAAGAGGAAGAGGAGGAGGAGGUGUAUGUGUGUUUGUUUGUCUGUGCGAGUGAAAGCGAGAUUGGAUGAGGCGGCGUACAUCAUAGCCAUUCAUAACCAGUAUUUUUAUUUUGUUAGCGAGGAGGAGUUAAAGUACUAACACUAUACGAGAGAGAGAGCCUGCAGCUGAGCAGCUUCAUGACACUAAACUAGCCGAACAUUUCCUUUUAGCCAGAUAAGCUUUGUUUUUGCCGGGAUGCCAGCAGACCCCGAUACCUCACCACGGUCCACGCUAGUCAGAGGCCAAACACUCUGGACAGACAUUUCUACUGCGGCGAGCAGACCCACAGUGCUACGCAUUCACCGAACCAAACUCAUUUAGUGCAUUUAGUUGUUGCAUCUGCAGCAAAAAGACAAAAGAUACAGCUAUGUUUUUGUGUAGCCGUCAAGCAAAUUUAAAGACAAGUUUGUUGCAAAAACUUAACCAGAUGGACUGAAUAGUGUUGUCAGAGAGGGGUGCUAUAGGCUACGUUAGCUGUAAUAAAGAAUGUAGGAGAAGCCUAAAACAAAAUCAGUUGUUUGCCAAUUUCUAAAACACCUUUAAACCUACAAAACUUUGUCAAUCUACAAAGCUGUAAGCCACAAUAAGGUACGCUUCUUCAAAUUUUGUCAUUUCCAUUACCUUUUUCGAAUGCAAUACUGCAUUUUCUUUCUUGCGACACACGUCAGAUUCAUUUUACACAUAUGGAAAAAUGCAGUUACUCUGUGUCCACAUGAUGAAAGUAUAACACUCCUAAUUAAGGUUGUUUUGAGGUGUUCUUCAUUAAACAAAAGAGGAGAAUCGAGCCUUGACGAACUCCAUUGGUUGUUCCAUAGUUACUAAUAAUCGCAGGAUAUUGCCUUUAUUUUACACAGAAAAAGUUAAUUUGGUAUGUUCAAAUUGUCUAAAAUUGUCAAGUUAAGGGUGGAAAUAAAGUAACUUUAGAAAUAACUUCCACUAGAAAACAUUAAUAGAAAUGGCACCUUUCCAAAAAACAUCCUGAAUAUCACAAAAACUGCUUGUUUUACAUGUUUUUUUUCUAAAAAGUAGUGAUGAGCCUCAUCGGAGAUGAUCUGCUCUGUUCAUUCCAGCAAAUGUAGCUCACAGCGCCACCUUGUGACAACACUACACAGCCUGUUCCUGUAGGUUAUGAAGUCUUAAAGUCAAAACAACAUUAAUACAUUACCCUUAAUACAUUAUUACAGUCAUGUCAUAUUGAACAAGCUGGAAACACCAAACCGACACGUGAAAUGUGAAUUUAAAAUCCACAAUAAAGAACAUGUGACUGAAUGUAUACGACUGAUAAUAAUAUGAACACUAACGGUACGAUCACACGUCGGCUGCAGAUGUUUCCAAGCAGCAGCUGAGACAUUUCUGAAGUUUUAAUGGUACAAACUGAAUAUCUGGUUAGUUUCAUUUCAAGACACUGGAGCAGGAAAAGCAAUUUCAUCCUCUUACCUCGACGGGCGACUUAGAGUGAAAUACAGAUUUACCUGCAGAUGAACUCGAUUGGCUUGAUUCUCAUAAAUGGUUAUUAAAAUGUAGAAGUCAGUGGCCAUGUUUUCAUUUAAUUGUCCAGUAAAUUUGAAGCGUUUGGCUUGCGUCUGUUGAUUUCCAUUAGAAAAGCUAAACUGGCUAAUUUGGUGAAGGCUACUUGAGUAAUUGUUGACUUGAGUUUAAUGGAAGAUAGAAAACACCUUUUUCUCAAUAAGUUCUGGAUGGCAUUAAACAUGGCUGACACCAGCUGACAUAAAUGAGUCAUUACAACUUUCCAGAUUGAAAACAAUUCUAUUUUUCUCUUACAAAAUUUUGUUCAUUUCUUCUUUUUCGAGGGUUUUUAUUAUUAGAAACCACCGAACAUUGCAUGGAGUUCCUCAAGGCUCAAGUCUCGGGUCCUCUUUACUUUCAACAAAAACGCCUCUUGACAACAAGUUCUUAAAGAAUAGCUUUAAAAUCUUUAAAAAUAAUCUAUGUUUUCUGUGCUGGAGGUGUGUUGACUUGAAGAAAAAACCUUCCUCUGCAUUAAAAUGUCAGAUUUUUUAAAUGAGUAGGGUUCGUAGCGUGCAGUAGUUUGGGUCUGCAGCCAGCAGCAACAUUUACCUCAGUAAACUCAGCAGCAUCACUCAGUGUAAAUGUCUCUCUUUCUUGUUUUCUCUCUGACUUAAACAAACUGGGAGCUGUUUCAGAGAGGAACUAUUGAUGACACCAAUAAGAAUGACGGAAAUAAUAAUAAUAAUAUUGACGGUCAGAAUAAUAGUAUUAAUUUUAUUUGUUUUUAAGACACCUUUUUAUUUUGUAUGCUUACUCCAUGUAACACUUGUUCCGACUCCAUCUUGUAAUUCAAAUGUCUUUGUGCCUUUUUUAUUUUUGGGAUAAAAAGAAGGAAAAAAACUAUAUAAGAUUUGCUAUGAGGCCUUUAUUGUGAAGGCGACGAGUAUCCCUGUUUUCACGCUGUCUUCUCCUCCUCAGCCUCAUCCUGCAUUCAUCGAGGGUAAAAAAAAGAAAAAAUAUAGCAGAAAAUGUCAGUGAAAAUACCUACUUUUUCUACUUGUGCCUUUCUGUGUCUGUCGUCUCGGCCUGCAUCAGUUCUGGAGCUCAGUCACUUCUACCGGUCUUUUCUUUGCUCAUGUAUUCCUCUAUAUGCACCUUCCCCCCCCCCGGUCAUCAUGUUCUGUGUCAUUUUCUCAGUUUCAAAACUCUUUGUGCCUUUCUCUGUCUCUUUUCUCUCUUUGCUGGGACCGUGUGUUGAGGCCGGACGGCGUUGCCUGUCCAGCCUGUGUGGUUAGUUUCAGGUACUACAUUGAAUUUAAUGAUAAUGAUAUAAUAUAAAUAUAGUGAAACAUA